ACAGUGACGGAUACCGGAAGUGAAAACCUCCGUUGCUAAUGUGUUCACGCACCUUUGCUAUAACACGAUGACGACGAAACUGCAGCGGUAAAUAAUAAAAAAAAAUUAACCUGAUUAAAACAUAAAUUAAAGGUAGUCCGUAAAUAUGCCGAAAGUCGUGUCGAGAAGUGUCGUGUGCUCGGACACUCGAGACCGAGAAGAGUACGACGACGGAGAGAAGCCUCUCCAUGUUUACUACUGCCUCUGCGGACAGAUGGUGUUGGUCCUGGAUUGCCAGCUGGAGAAGCUGCCCAUGAGACCCCGAGACCGAGCCAGGGUGAUCGAUGCUGGUAAGCAUGCCCACAAAUUCUGCAACGUGGAUCAGGACGAGAACACGUACAUCAAGAGAGCCGAGGGCAUCGAGAGGCAGUACCGUAAGAAGUGCGGCAAGUGCGGCCUACUGCUCUUUUACCAACACCAGGAGAAGAACACGCAGGCCACCUUCAUCGUGGACGGAGCAGUGGUCAAAUUUGGGCAGGGUUUUGGCAACACCAGCGUCUACAGCCAGAAGCAGCCCGAGGCCCCCAAGAAGGUACGAGUGAUGAUGACGAAACGGACCAAAGACAUGGGCAAGUUCAGCUCAGUCACCGUGUCCACCAUCGACGAAGAAGAGGAGGAGAUCGAGGCCAGGGAAGUGGCGGACUCCUACGCCCAGAAUGCUAAAGUGAUCGAGAAGCAGCUGGAGAGGAAGGGCAUGAGCAAGAGGAGGCUGCAGGAGCUGGCUGAGCUGGAGGCCAAGAGGGCCAAGAUGAAGGGCACCCUCAUUGACAAUCAGUUCAAGUAGAGGCAUACUGAUCAAGAACUAAAAUUACUUUUUUUCAUUUGUAGCAUCACCGAUCAGCCUGCGCACAUGUAAAACAGGGUGCUUGUUUCAAAUGUUAGCUUUUACUAAAAAACAAUUAAACAGUUUGCUAUUUGUAAA